GGAGGAGGAGGAGGUGUUGGCGCAUCGCACCACCACCACGGCUGACACGCAGAAAGCCGCCGUCAGGGAGGAGGGGGGCGCACACCUGUCACGGUGCAGCAGAAGCACCUGACUCGGAGAGAGGCGCGCGCGAGCUGAGCAGAAUGAUCAAGAACGGCCAUCACCAGCACCUCCACCAGGAGAGCCCGGCCCCCGGGAGGGAGGCGGGCGGGACCCCGGCUGCUGCAGCCUGCAGCCCGGAGAAGAGGAGGAGAAGAGUCCGCGUGUGGUGCGACGGCUGCUAUGACAUGGUGCACUACGGCCACUCGAACCAGCUGCGACAGGCCAAAGCUAUGGGGGAGUACCUCAUCGUUGGAGUGCACACAGACAGUGAGAUUGCUAAGCACAAGGGCCCACCAGUUUUCACUCAGGAAGAACGAUACAAGAUGGUCCGGGCCAUCAAAUGGGUGGACGAAGUUGUAGAAGGAGCCCCGUACGUCACAACCCUCGAGACGCUCGACAAGUUCAGCUGUGACUUCUGCGUGCACGGAGAUGAUAUAACUCUAACUGUAGAUGGGAAAGACACGUACGAAGAGGUGAAGAAGUCGGGACGCUACAGAGAGUGUAAGAGGACGCAGGGAGUUUCAACCACAGACCUCGUCGGCAGGAUGCUGCUCAUGACCAAAGCACACCACAGCAACAUCGACAGUUCAGACUAUCAGCAGCAUAAAGACAACUUUGGAAAGAAGGGCCACAGUCCCUGGACAGGAGUGUCGCAGUUCCUGCAGACUUCUCAGAAGAUCAUUCAGUUUGCCUCAGGCCAGGAACCUCAGCUGGGAGACACCAUCAUCUACGUAGCAGGAGCCUUCGACCUCUUUCACAUUGGACACGUGGACUUCCUGGAAGCGGUGCACAAGCUAGCAGAGAAGCCGUACAUCAUAGUGGGGCUGCACUUUGAUCAAGAGGUAAAUCGUUACAAAAGGAAGAACUACCCCAUCAUGAAUGUCCACGAGAGGACACUGAGCGUCCUGGCUUGCAGAUAUGUAUCAGAAGUGGUGAUCGGUGCGCCCUUCGCGGUCACAAAAGAUUUGCUGGAUCAUUUCAAGGUGGAUCUUGUUUGCCACGGGAAGACAGCGAUAUACCCCGAUAGAGAUGGGUCUGAUCCUUACGCUGAGCCGAGGAGAAGAGGGAUACUCCGAACUGUCGACAGUGGGAACAGCCUUACAACGGAUGCAAUUGUGCAAAGAAUAAUCAAAAACAGGUUGCUGUUUGAGGCGAGAAACCAGAAGAAGGAAGCCAAAGAGAUGGCUGUGAUCCAGGCCAUGAAGCGACAAGAGGAGGACAAGAGUAAAGAAAGAGCCCAAGCUCUGCUCUAAGGCAUCAACGUCUGCGCUUCUAACUCAACACUGACCAGCUAAGUUCAACUGGUGUACAGGAAAACCAACGCUCUCUCCACAUGAUGCUGGUGAACAACAGCAGUGGAGUGUUAAACCUGGAUGUUCUGCUGUGGGCCCAUCAUGUGUGUUGGUGGAGCAACAUAAAUAAUAAGGCAGAACAAAGAAGAUGUUAUGAAUAUAAAUACAUAUCUUGAAAUUUAUAUUUUAUGUCUUUGGACAUUUUAAACCUUUAUUAUUAUUUGCCUUAAAAAAAAAAAAACAACUUUUAUUAUUUACUUUUGUGUGCAGACUUGAGAUGUUGGUCAAACUUUUAAAUAUAAAACAAGGAAGUGAUGUGAGUAGUCAUUUCCACGAGGCUGUUGCUGCUUUUUGUACAGCGAUGAGCCUAAUCCCACAUCUAAUCCAUGUGUAUAUAUACUGCAUCUAUCUAUGGAAGUAUUAGAAAGUGACUAUAGGCUCUCUGCAGGUUGUAGAAACCACUAGACGAUCAGAGGAGACGUUUCCCUUCUUCUCUGUACUUUGUUCAAAACAACUAUUCUUGUUUUUCUUACUCAAAGAUGCACACUGUUGACCCCUGAAGGUUUGACCUUUUGAGUACGACUGUCUUAGAGUUAAUACAUAAAGAUAAUUACAUGUUUGACCUGCAACUUCCAUGGUGUAACUAAAGAAACCUAACAAAUGCUAAGUGUUGUUGCCUUGAACAUGGAGCGCAUUUCAUACAGUCUCUUAAAUCCAGAGUAAUUUAACUUCUGUGUCUUUAUCAGAUGGAAUGAAUAAUAAUAUACCUUUUUUUUGGUAGAUGUGUAUUUUACUCCUCUCCACUCUGUGAACUGCUGUUCCCACGUGUCUUUGUCAAGCUGUUUACUGUAGAUUAUGAUGUGUUGUUACUGAUCGCUCCCAGUUGACAUAUAAUAUAGAAAUGAUUGGAUUUACAGUAUAUUAUUGCUAAUAAAAAGGUAUUGCCAGAAA